AUGCCGGGUCAGAAGUGGGUAACAAACUUCUUGAAACGGCACAAAAAUGUCCUGACGGUGCGUUCUACAAAUAAUAUUAAAGAAUCCCGAGCCAGUAAGAGUGUAAAGGUCUACAAUACAUAUUUUGAAAAUUUGAAGAUUUCAUUGCAUAAUGUCAAACCAGAUCAUAUAGUGAACUAUGAUGAGACCAACUUUUCCGAUAACCCAGGAUCUCAAAAAUGCAUAUUUAAAGCAGGUACUAAAUACCCAAACAAAACACUAAACAAUACCAAGGCGGCGAUAUCUGUUAUGUUCUCAGCUACGGCAAGUGGAGAAAUUUUCUCACCAUAUGUCGUAUGCAAAGCAGACAAUUUGUGGACAAAUUGGUGUGCAAACGGGCCUGAAGGAACCAGAUACAACAAAACCAAAUCUGGUUGGUUCGAUUCGUAUACUUUUGUAGACUGGUUUAAUACCAUAAUUAUCCCAUGGGCAGUGAAAACCACUGAUCCUAAAGUUUUAAUUGGAGACAAUUUAUCGUCACAUAUGAAUGUAAAUAGAAUCUCAUUUGAUGAUAGUGUUUCAGAUCACUAUACUAAGCAUGAAAAGGUGUUUCCAAAAAGUAGGAGCAGUCAAGGUUCGAGUUCAGAAAGCUCAGGAAUGUAUACUGUGCAUGAUUCGUCUUGUGAUGAACAUUUUCUUCCAUCUUUAAGUGACACGGAAACGUACAUAGACGAAAUGUAUGAAGAAUUGGAACAAAAUAUUGAUAAAGAAAAUGAUAUGUAUGAAAUAGGCAUUGAUAAAUAUGUUCCUGUUAAAUUUUCAACAUCAAAGUUGGCUGUAUGUCUCAGAAAUAACUUUACUUGA